AUGAAGCGAUUUGCGGGACUUCGAGGCAACCGCCUCAAUAUCGCGACAAUUGUCUGCGUUGCAAUGCCCGGCCUUAUAACCGUUGGAUACAACCAGACUCAGCUUGGAGGAGUUUUGUCGUUCCACAGCUUUAAGAAGCAGUUCCCAGAGAUCGACGUCUCACAUGCCGACCCUGGCGAUAAAAAGCAUACGUCGACCAUUCAAGGCACCGUUGUAGCUUUGUAUGCAGUUGGAGGCCUCCUGGGGGCUCUAUCAUGUAUCUGGUUCGGGGACAGACUUGGUCGCCGCCGGGCUAUACUCGGGUCUUCGGCAAUUCAGAUUAUUGGUGCCAUCCUCAUGGGGAGCGCAUUUCGCCUGGCUCAUCUCAUCGUUGCUCGUCUCAUUCUGGGCCUUGGCACUGGCGGUCUGCUAGCCACGGUUCCUGUCUGGCAAUCAGAAAUAUCUCCUACUAGCAAGCGUGGUGCACAUGUCGUUACAACGGGCGUAUUCCUCGGGAUGGGUCUCACGGUGGCUUUGUUCGUGGACUUUGGCAUGUCCUUCGCCCCCGGUAGCGUGGCCUGGCGCUUCCCAGCCGUGUUUCAGACCGUGUUUUCCCUUAUUGUCAUGGUUUCCACUCUCUUCAUGCCGGAAUCGCCCCGUUGGCUCGUUCAACAGGGAAGAACAGCCGAAGCUCGUGCGACUCUAGCUGCGCUGGAUGACACUACCCUUGAAAGUCUCGAAAUUGAGGCUGAAAUAAAUGACGUGAAAGCCUCAUUCGCACAAACUGGGGAACAAUCUCUGCUAAAAAUGUUCCAUAUGGGCCCUCGAAGGGUCUUUCAUCGAAUUAUGUUGGCUGCUGGGGUGAUGAUCUUCCUCCAGUUAGCGGGUGUCAAUGUAAUCAGCUUAUACAGUAUGUCAUUUUUUACGUUUUGCUAUAAGGUCCACUAA